AUGCGGAGCAUCGAAGAGGAGGGCGCGCCCGAAUAUGAACUCCCACCUCGCGAGUACCGCACUGCGGCAUUUGCUCGAAUGGCAGCACGAAGACAAUCGACCAUGUCAAGGCUGGGAUCUAGGCUUCUUCCAAAUUCAGUCAUUCGUGGACUUCUCAACAGUCAAGAAGAGACUCCGGCGGAAGGACAUGCACAUCGACAUGGCCUAGUUCCUAUGCCCAUCCCAAGAUCCGAGACUGCCCACACAUCCGGUCGGUUUAGUGCGUUCAAUUCACUUAGCUCUAGAGGAAUUACUCGACGCAGAUCUGCUCGUGCGCCAUAUUUUAUUCCACCCCGCGCGGAGUCUGUUGGAAUUCCAGAUGCACCAGCAAACCCGCCAUUCAUCGACUCUCCCUCUCAAAUACCCGAGCCCACAAGAGCAUCCUGGCGCCGUAGUGUCAGGCUACAACGCAUGCGCCAUUCGAUUUCAUCUCCCAUUUCUCACAUGUUCGGCCAGCCACACUCGGAUUUGCGGCCGCACGGAAGCCCGGAAUUACAAAUGUCAGAUCCCUUAUUUGAUGAUAGGGCUAUGGACACGCGUCUGGACUUCGGCGAGCCCCCUCACGAACUGGAUUCGGUAGAGCCAGCCAUCCAGGCUGGGAGACCAGCAACUGCUUCAUCUUCCACCCAGCCAAGUCCUGCUUUGAUGCGCCGGUUGCCCGGGAUUAUCCGAGCAAGAUCAUCCAGGGUCCUGCGACGAGAGGAGCAAACACCUCUGUCAAGGGUUCUUCAGCUUGCCGCAUCCGCAAUUGCAGCUCAGUUAUCCGGCACUGCCGGUCCAGCGUUGCCUGAUAUCCAGGCAUUGGGCAAUGACGGGUUAGAUGGCUCUUUGGAGAACUUCAUCCAGAGUUUGCAGCAUGCAACUUCUACACAGGCUCAGCCGCAUACAACAGGAGAAGGGCCGAGCGAUACUGCAAACGAAGCACCCUCACAUCCUGUCAAUUUCUUGCGUGUAUUCCGAUUUGCCAAUUCAGAAUCUCCAGCAGGCCCAGGCGCUUCAGGACAGAGCGCGAAUGGUAUCGGCGAACGUGGGACCCAAACGGAUGGAAUGGACAUUGACGAGCCUGCCGAAGGUGAAGGACGAACUGUUACACUGGUCGUUGUUGGAGUUCGGUCCGUGCCGGCUGGAAACGGAGGUCAUAAUGAGCACCAACAUCCUCCAAGUCCGGGGCCCGGUCUAGAUGCCCUGCUCGGGCUACCAUUUUUGCCACCUAAUACUAUCCCACGGCCCCAAGAUGCCACUGGUGAACCUAGCCAACGAGGCGAUGCCAUGCAGGAGUACACGCCCCGGCCGGAACUACAGAAUUUCCACGCCCGUCAGUCCCCAAUGCCUUUAGAAGAAUGUCUGACACCGGGCCCCGUGCUGCAUUCCCAUCCUAUCAUCCUUCUGGUUUCUCCGAAAGCCCCCCCGGGACCGCACCCACCUCCAUCAACCCCAGCUGAACAGGGGUUGUCUGCUUUAUCCUCCGGCACUUCGACUCCGAGCCGUAGACCAUCCUCUGCUUCAGCAAUUGCUCCAGAUACUCUACCCCAUCUCCAUGAAGGCCGGGAAAUGCAACCGACGGCUGAGACUUUGGAAGAGCCCGCGACAUUGAAUACCGCUCGUCAGCGACGCCGAAGCGAUUCUGAGUAUGCUCGUCAUCGGGCCCUCGGCUCUGGCGCUGUUCGACGCAAUGGCAUGGUUGAGCCCGAUCAACCUCCACCAAGCGGAGGUCGCAGUUGGUUAAUCUAUGUUGUUGGAACCAACCUCUCCGAAAAUCACCCGGCUUUGACCACACCAAGCCUUUUCACCGAUCCAAACCCCCCCGUCGCCUCCCAAACCGACGUCAACUCCGCCGGCGGACUAUUCCGUCUUGUCGAAUAUGCAGGUUCAUUGGUCGCCGAAGCCGUGGAAGGCGCUGGUACCAUUCAAAUUCAAGACGGGGAGCGUUGUUUGAUCUGCUUGAGUGAUUAUGAAGUGGCCGAGGAAGUUCGAGAGCUGGGUAAAUGCAAGCAUGUCUUCCACAAGGACUGCAUAGACCAGUGGUUAACCACCGGGAGAAACUCUUGUCCUCUUUGCCGAGGUCAGGGUGUCAACGAAACCCCCAGAAACGACUCCAACACCCAAAACUCGCCGCCCAAUCCUGCAUCUGCACCUGCACCUGCUCCUGGUCUAGAUGGCACAGCCGUAUGA